AGAAGUAGAGUCCAGCGAGUCUUCGAUCACUAUAGUCGUGGCAAUUUCUCUAGAAUUGGCGGUUCCGCAAAAUCCCUGCAAAAGUGAAAUACGUUGAUAUUGCCAUCUGCCCCCAAUCUUUUCAUGAAUCUACAAUCAAAGAAAAGGUGCACUAGGAAACGGAAAAUAUCAUAAAUCAAGAAUCAGAAAGGCAUAUAUGUACACGUAUACAACAACACAAGCACGUCCGCGCUAAGCAGUUAAUGCCCAAAGGCUCACUACGCUUUUCUUCUUUUCUUUUGCUGAGUACCCCACUUGUGAACGAAGCAUACUAUCAGCAGAGGAGAAGAAUACCAAUUAUAAUAUCAAUGAGUCCAAGUGCUUCAACUGCUGAAGUAACUCAGAAGAUACCUAGCCUCUUGAAAGAUCAAGUUCGGUUGGUCAAAAGGAAGGACUCUAGCAGCUAUGAGAUUGCCCCGUUCACUCAUAAUUUGUCAUUUGAGAAAGGUUUUUUUGUUGUAGUCCGUGCAUGCCAGUUGUUGGCACAGAAGAAUGAUCGACUUAUAUUAGUAGGGUUAGCUGGUCCCUCGGGUGCUGGGAAGACUGUAUUUACAGAGAAGAUACUUAACUUUAUGCCCAACAUUGCUGUUAUUUCAAUGGACAACUAUAAUGAUGCAAGUCGGAUAAUUGAUGGGAACUUCGAUGACCCUCGCUUGACAGACUACGAGACUUUGCUGAAGAACAUUCAUGAUCUCAAGGCAGGAAAGCAGGUUGAUGUCCCUAUUUAUGAUUUCAAAACCAGCUCCCGCACAGGAUACAGGACACUUGAAGUACCAAGCUCCCGCAUUGUGAUCAUUGAGGGCAUUUACGCUUUAAGUGAAAAGUUGCGUCCUUUACUGGAUCUUCGGGUAUCUGUGACGGGUGGUGUGCAUUUUGAUCUUGUCAAACGGGUUUUACGGGACAUACAACGUGCUGGGCAGGAACCUGAAGAAAUAAUUCAACAAAUAUCUGAAACUGUAUAUCCAAUGUAUAAGGCUUUUAUUGAGCCUGAUCUGUGCACUGCACACAUAAGAAUAGUUAACAAAUUUAACCCAUUCACUGGAUUCCAAAGUCCUACUUAUAUAUUAAAGUCUCUGAGGAAUGUCGCUGUAGAGCAAAUCAAGUCUCUCAUGUCUGAAGAACAUUCAGAAAGUACAGAACAGACAUAUGACAUAUAUCUUCUACCACCUGGUGAAGAUCAGGAGACCUGCCAAUCAUAUUUGAGGAUGCGGAAUAAAGAUGGAAAAUACAACCUCAUGUUUGAGGAAUGGAUUACCGAUCCUCCAUUCGCCAUAUCUCCAAGAAUAACUUUUGAGGUUAGCGUACGUCUUCUCGGUGGAUUAAUGGCACUGGGAUACACAAUAGCAGCCAUACUCAAAAGAAGCAGCCAUGUCUUUCGUGAUGAAAGGGUCUGUGUGAAAAUUGAUUGGCUGGAGCAGUUGAACCGUCAUUAUGUUCAGGUACAAGGUAGAGAUCGCCUGGUUGUAAAGUGUGUGGCUGAACAGCUGGGAUUAGAAGGUUCAUAUGUUCCACGCACUUAUAUUCAACAAAUACAACUCGAGAAAAUAGUGAACGAGGUUAUGGCACUGCCAGAUGAUUUAAAGACCAAGCUUAGCCUAGAUGAUGAUCUUGUCUCAAGCCCAAAGGAAGCACUUUAUCAAGCAUCUGAAACAAGAAUUAAGAAUCUCAAAAGUGGUAUGUCACAAUCAUAUUCAACACAUCGAGACAAAAACCUGUCCAAGAUGAACAUUGGGUUCGAGGAUAGAACAGAGUCACCUUCAACAUUAGCCAAUCACGUGGGAGCUGUCACGCAGCUUUCAGAACAAAUUUCCACACUAAAUGAGCGGAUGGACGACUUCACAUCUCGCAUCGAAGAGUUAAAUUCCAAGUUAACAAGCUCAGAAAACAUAGCAUUGCAGGGUGAAGCCUGUAAUUGGUCAGCCCCAACUUCUUACUUCAUAACUGGAUCUGUUCUUCCAAAUUCGUCAUCUUCCUCCCAGUUAGCAAAAGACUCUUCUUUGACUGACGAGCUCUCAAGUAUAAUUCGAGGGCAACGCCAAGUUAUGCAUCAGCUAGAUAAUCUCUGCAAUCUUCUGCAUAAAUGUUUGGGAGAAAGGCCACAGCAUGACAAAAAACGCAAAGAACGGCAAAUGGCCGACGCAGCUCCUGUUACAACUUCUACAAUACUAGCAUCGUUGGCUAUUGGUGGCUUGGGAAUUUUUUUGGUUAAGGGCUCUUUAUCACGAAAUUAAGCAUUAGUCGACAUGUUUCGUCCCGUUUCGUUAUUCGGUUAUCUCAUUGGAUCCCACAAAUGUUCUGCAUUGGCGCCCUUUUGAUCAGGAAUUCAGGUGGUGGGAGGAAAAUCACUUCUCACAUAGUUCUUGAUGAGUUUUGUAGGUGGAGGGUGUGACUUAGCAAAUUUUGUAGCUUUAUGGGGAUCUUCUGCAUUUUCUUCUCAAGUUUAAGUUGCAAUUGAUAAAUAGGGGAAGAGAUGGCUUUUCACUUUGGAACUGGAAAUUUUGACCUAUUGAUUAUGGCUUUGGUUUCUUAGUCCACAUUUUUUGGUU